AUGGUGACCACGGUCAAAAAGGUAAAUCAUAAGGAUUCACUCAGCGCAGCACAAAUUAUUCGUAUGAAACAUGUAUUCAUACAAAUGCGAGACAUUACUGAGAGGUUGGACUGUAGGUUACGGUAUGUGCUGGCGUUGAACACAUUAUGUACGAUAUUCGGGGUGAUGUGUCAGGUGUAUACCCUGGUAAUGGUGGGGCCGUACAGAAACAACGUGAUGGUCGACUCGGAUAACACGGUAAUUAAAGCGAUGGUCUUCUGGUCGCUGUCGGCCGUGUUUUCGGUCACAGAACUGGUCAUAUCGUGUUUGGUCUGCGGAUCGGUUCAGCGAAAGGCCGACGAAUUGAACGCCGCGUUUGACGGCAUAAAUGCCGGCCAUUUGGUCGACAGUGAGUCGCGUCGGGAAUGCCUUAUGUUUGCGACUGUAAUGCGAACGAGCGACGUGUUUAUAGUGGGCGCCAAACGGACACCAUUUGGUUCAUUCGGCGGGGCCUUGAGAUCGGUUACGCCCACAGAAUUGGCCGAAAUAGCCGCCAGGGGUGCCCUCCAGGCGGCCAAAGUCGGUCCCGAACUCGUCCAGUCGGUUGUCGUCGGUAAUGCCAUUCAGAUCUCGGCGGACGACACGCCGAUCAUCGCGCGGGGUAUUGUCGGUCGACUGGGCAUACCUAUCAACGUUCCCGGACUGUCCGUUAACAUACAGUGCGGCUCCGGCUUUCAGGCCAUCAUUCAGGCCUCACAGGACAUUAUGCUAAAUGAUUGCGAAAUUACGCUGGCGGUGGGCGUCGAGAAUAUGAGUCUCACGCCGUUUAUGUUAAGGGGCGCCCGCUUUGGUGUUAAGUUAUCGCAAACGCCUCCGCUGAUCGACGCACUCUGGGAGGGCCUGAAGGACCACAACUGCAACCUCCGGAUGGGAGAG